UCAGAGCCCGGUUGGCCCUGAUUCCCUGACCAAUCAGAGCAGCGUGGUCUGGGAUGGUUGAGAGAGUUGGGUUGUUGAAUCUGUUAGGACAACAAGCCGCUGCAGCUUUCUCAGUGUACCGGAUGGAUGGAGGGAUGCUGGCGAUGAAUGAGUUGCUGCUUUGCUGCAGGACGUGUGUCCUUUAACUGAGGCCACAUGUGUAUCCGGACAGAUGGAUCGCUGUAAGCACGUGGUUCGCCUUCGCCUGGGCCAAGAUCAUUCAAUUCUCAAUCCACAGAAAUGGCACUGUGUGGAGUGCAGCACCACCGAUUCAGUGUGGGCCUGCCUCAAGUGUUCCCACGUAGCCUGUGGACGUUUCAUAGAGGAGCACUUUCUCAAACACUUUGAGGAGUCACAACACCCACUGGCCAUGGAGGUGCGUGAGCUGGAUGUCUUCUGCUUUGCUUGUGGAGACUAUGUUCUGAACGACAAUGCAGAGGGAGACCUGAAACUCCUCAGAGGUGCCCUCUCUACGGUUCGGAGCCCAGGUAGGCGGUCACUGCGCUCUUCCACCGGAGCCUGGGAAGGCAGGGAACCUGCCAUGCAGCUGGCCCUCCGCCACAGGAGGAAAAUGCUUCUGGGAAGGAUGCUCCAGAAAUGGAUCAACAAACACCAGGAGGUUCAGAAUCAGCGCCAAGAGAAACUUGAGGAGGUCAGGAGACAGAAGAGGGAGGUGAAAAGGAAGCUACUGGAAGAUCUUGGCAACAUUCCCCCCAGAAAGAGUGCCAGGCUUCUUACUCAGGCGCCACGUUCAACCAUGACACUCAUCCCUCGCAAAUUUCGCGAGCCCCCAGAACGCCUACCUCCACCUCCUAAGAAGCCUUCUCUACUCACCCUGCCCCGCAGUGUUCCAGAGAUAAGCAGAGCCGCUAGAUUGCGGAGAUACUACUCAACGCACGCGGUUACACGGAGGAGACGGGCUCCAGGUGUCACCGGUCUGCGCAACUUGGGAAACACAUGCUACAUGAACUCAAUAUUGCAAGUGCUAAGUCACCUGCAGAAAUUCAGGGAGUGUUUUCUCACUUUGGACCUGUGUGAGACUGAGGAGCUGCUGGCCAAGACCAACCACUCCCAGGGAAUGAAGGGGGUGACGGGAGCAGUUGUCAGUAGCGGCACCACACCACUGUCAGAUCACCCCCUUGGACGUAUGGGUAAGGCGGGUUGUUGGAAUUUGCCUGUAAGAGAGAGCGUCCCUCCCUCCCCGCAGGCUGCAGAACUGGUCCAGCCCAAAAAGCUUCGCUGCUCCACUCGCCAGCAAAUGUCUCUGUGCCACGAGCUACAUACACUUUUCAGGGUCAUGUGGUCUGGCCGGUGGACUCUCGUAUCUCCCUUCGCCAUGCUGCACUCCGUGUGGAACCUCAUCCCGGCCUUCCGUGGAUACGACCAGCAAGACGCCCAGGAGUUCCUGUGUGAGCUUCUGGACAAGGUGCAGCAGGAACUCGACACAGAGGGGUCCAAGCGGCGGAUAGUUAUCCCUAUCACUAAGAGGAAGCUGUCCAAGCAGGUGCUGAAGGUUCUGAACACCAUCUUUCAUGGACAGUUGCUGAGUCAGGUGACGUGUUUGUCCUGUAAGCACAAGUCCAACACGGUGGAGCCAUUCUGGGAUUUAUCUCUAGAGUUUCCAGAGCGGUAUCACCAUAGGAACAAAGGCUCUGGAGCGACUGCUCACCAGCGCAGCUGCACCCUCAUAGAGAUGCUGUCCAAGUUUACAGAGAUGGAGGCUCUGGAAGGCAACAUCUACGCCUGCAACCACUGCAACAAAAGAAGAAGAAAAUCCUCCCACAAACCUUUAGUUCUGUCAGAAGCACGAAAGCAGCUUCUGAUCUACCGCUUACCUCAGGUUCUACGGCUGCACCUCAAACGCUUCAGAUGGUCAGGCCGGAACCACAGGGAGAAAAUCGGCGUCCAUGUGGCCUUUGACCAGGUUCUGAACAUCAAACCGUACUGCUGCACAGACUCAGGUCACUCUGUCCACAGAGGAGGCUACACCUACGAUCUGUCGGCUGUGGUCAUGCAUCAUGGUAAAGGCUUUGGCUCAGGACACUACACCGCAUACUGCUACAACACAGAAGGAGGUUUCUGGGUCCACUGUAAUGACUCUGAGAUGAAGGUUUGCAGCGUGGAGGAAGUGUGCAACACUCAGGCCUAUAUUCUGUUCUAUACCCAGAGGUCUGCCUAGGCCCCUCUCUCGCUGUGACUGGUGCUGAGGGCUGCCCUUCACAAGAUGUUGUCUCAUGCUUUCCCUGAUGUCACUUUCAAAGGGUUUGCCAAACAAGAUGGUAGCGAAGGCAAAUGGGAAGUCAAUCAUAGAGGGGCAUCUCUACAAAUUAGAAUACAAGAAAAAGUUGAUUUAUUUCAGUAAUUCAUUUCAAAGGUUGUUUGUUUAAUGUGGAUUCUUUUCAAAUACAGUUCAUAUAAUCCAGGUAUUUCAGUUUAUUCAAUUAUUAUGCCUUGUUUAACCCCUUAAGCCCAGAGGGUAUUAGUUAAACACUAAAAUCCAGUUUCUCAGAAAAAAAAAGUUAUAAUACUGACUGGUGGAUUCUGGGAGCAGAUGUAUUGAUGCAGCCGUAGCUCCAUUCUGUCUCUUCAUCUCCUGCUCCAUCAUCACUCUAAAAAUACACCAGAAAACUUUCCGUCCUCCUCGAUGAUUAGAAUGCACUCAGCAUCUCGUAAGGAGUUUUUGUAAAGGGGGACAGAAGCUGAUCACGGUGGAUCUUAAUUCAGAUUUAGUUCUUUUAGAUUCAACACAUUGAAAGCAUUAGCUAUAAGCCAGUUGUGGAAGAUCUCGAAGCUCUGGCUUUGAAUACAGUCCAGUUCAGUUGUAAAUCGUUUUAAAUUCAUGAAUCUGCUUUGCUUUAAAAACUGCUGCUUCUGGAACUUUUUCCUUCCACUCAAAUUUCCAAUGAUUUGAACUUUUUUGGUGUUUUACCUUUAAGGUUAAACAUUCUUUCUUCUGUCUACUGAAUAGCUAUCAAUUCAACUUGACCACAUUAUGUUAGCCAUAAAAAAAUAUAUUUAAUUGGGUUAUUGGUCUUAAGUAAUAUUUUUUAUUUCUGAGAGACUAUUUUUGGUUUUAAUGAGCUGAAAGCCAUGGCUCUGUAUUUUGUAUUGAAUCACUGAAAAAAAUAUCUGAUAGAUAUUCUAAUGAACUGAGAUGCAUCUGUAGUUGGAGAUGAUAAAGAUGGAAGCUUGCCACAUCUAUUAUUGACUGAUGUUUAGAAGGUGGAUUGUGUCUGAUAGGAGGAAAACCUUUUUAUAAAUGUGGCUGCAGGUUUUUUUUUUCCACCUGCAGGAGGAACUUUUUAGAUAAUGGCCUGAAGACUGUGUUAGCAGGUCUGUCCUGCUGAACACCAACACGUGUGUCCAUGUUUUUAAACAACAAUCAGGCUUCUGUCUGGAAGCAUCCAGAUACUCCACUUUUCUACAUUCACUGGCAACAUGGAUUUUGGCGUGUUUUUUUUCUUUUCUUUGUUUCUUCAACACGUUUUCAUAUUUUAUAAAACACGUUUGAUCUCGAGCACUAAAUACUCCAAACAGAGCCUCAUUAUCAGACUAGAGUCCAAACUGUGCUGCCUCCUGUUUUACCUUUUUUAAUAAUUGUGUAACAUCAAAUAUGGAAGCUUUUAAUACUCAUCAUAUGUCAUUAGUUUUUCAUUUUUCCUCUCCUCCAUCUGUGACUCAAUGCUGUGUCUUAGGCUCAAUACUCUGAGAUCAUGAAUUGUUUUUAGUAUUUUGUUUUAACUCCUUAAAAAUAAAUGGUUAACAAGGAACGAUGGUGAAUGAAGGGAAGCUGCAAUUCUCUGGAGGGGCUGCUGGUCCUACUGUAUGUUUGGCUCGAUGAAUUCUCCUAAAAAGCAGCUCCUCCUGCGGUUUAACGAUUUGACUGCUGCACCUCCGUCUAACCUGCUGGCAGAUGAAAAUCACCAGAAAAGAGCAGAGGAUGGUGAAUUUUAAAGAAUGUGUCUUUAGGAGAGGUACCCAUUUUAAAGUUGAGCACCUGAAAGCAAUAUAUUGUACAUCGUUCAUCUUAACAGUAAAAUCAGGAAUUCCUCUGCUUAUUAUGUUUUGUUUUUGUUUUUUUCUACUGUACUGUUUCUAUUGAGGUCUUUAGAAUUUGCUAGGUAAUCAAGAAAACUGUUGUUUGAUACGAGUCAAAUGCAGAAUACAUUUGUGAACUCUGUGAAAGUUGGAACAAUCUAAAUGACGAUGAAUGUCUUACUUUAUAGCGGUCAGAUGUGGCCAUGCCACUGGCUCUGAUCUCCUUGAGUUCUGUCUUGUACUGUAAGAAUACCUGUCAUAAAUGUAAUGUUCGUAAGGGUUUUGCCUGACGGUAAUUAUUAAAAAGACAACA